AUGCCUAACACCAUUCUGCCUUGCCAAGACCAGUACUUUGUAGGAGGCCAGGGCUGUAAUUGCCCGUAUUCCACUACAACGUCAGAAUCUAGUGUUGACGUUUCCAGGGAGACUUGGGUCUCUUUCUGGGCUGCUGGUCUCCUGGACGACAGAGAGCCCCAACAAGCACCACAGGCACAGGAAUCAUCCAGUGACUCGAAUUUCCCUGUUCUGGACUCCUCUUCCUGGGAAGAGAACCAGCUUUCUUCUCAGCUCUACCGAAACAAGCAGCUCCAAGAUACUCUGGUGCAGAAGGAAGAAGAACUUGCUAGGUUACAUGAAGAGAAUAAUCACCUCAGACAAUACCUGAAUUCUGCUUUAGUAAAAUGUCUUGAGGAAAAAGCCAAGAAAUUACUGUCAUCAGAUGAGUUCUCCAAAGCAUGUGGGAAAUUCAAAAGUGGGAAGAGGAAACCCAAAGAGCAGAGAUACUCUUCUCUUGAGAUUCCCCAUCCCAAAAAUGCCAAGAGAAACCUCUCUAGUGAUUUUGCUACCUGUGAAGAACAACCUGGGCCCCCUGUGGACCCUUGGGUCCUUCAAACACUUGGGUUAAAAGACCUCAACACCAUCGAUGACACCUUAUCAGCUAACUACAGUGCCCUCGCCUCCCCUCCCACAAGGAUUUCCAGCACAUUUCAUCAGUUUCCAGAUGACACGGUGGAUUAUGAAAAUGCCCCCCAGGGGCACCUGCCGAUUGACUCUGGAGGUGAGAGAACAACCCCCUUACAGAGCACUACCAGCCACGGGGAAGACUUUCACUUCCUUUCUCAACUUUCGAAUCCUCCUGGAGAGCUGCAAACCCUUCCUUACUAUACUUCCGAUGUGUCACCCAACAAGACAGAGAUGGCCUUUUCCACGUCUCUGAGCCCUCACUGUAAUGUGAAAACACAUUCCUUCCACCAGGGACAAGCCUUUGUGCGUCGAGAUGAGGCGGGAGGCUGGAGGUUUACCUGGGUUCCUAAGCAGUCUUAGUGACCCCUCUUCUACCACCAAGCACUGCCAUGGACUCUGUUUACAAAGAACUCUCUUACACUUGAACUUGACUGUAUAGAACAUGAAAGCGACUGCCCAGACUGUCUCCUGACACUUUACAUGUCACUCUCAAUUUACCCACUUAAACCUGCAGGGAAUGACUUACAAGAAUCCAUCAUGAAACAUGCCUGCUCUUCUUUCGCCUAAAUUUGACUUGUUUACACAUCAACACUGCUGUUGACUUCCUCCCUUUGUCCUGUACUUGAAAAGUAUUUUCCAAUUGCUUAUGUAUUUCUUUGAGACCUAGAUAGACUGUUCCAAGCAUAACUAGUCUCACAGCUUUUCUUCUUUGGUUAAGGAGUUUGAAUAUCUACAGCCUUCAC